AUGGCGACGACGGCGGAAACAAUCACAGCGGCUAUGCAACUGAUAGAGCCAAAGAAAGAGAAGCUAAAGAAGGCCUUCGACGACCUCCAAUCCCGGUCCGACGUCCUCUCUCUCUUCUCUCUCUCCUGGUCCGACCUCGACUCCCAUUUCACCUCCCUCCACAACUCCCUCUCGCAAAAACUCCACCUCCUCCAAACCCUCGAGUCCCAAUCCCCAAACCCUCAAACCCACACGACCCAACACCCUUCUUCCUCGAAUUCACAGACCCAGUUGCCAAAGGUCUCAUCUUUAGAACCCAAACCGCCGACCCAGAUAGAAAACGACCCGAAUUCGUCGACCCGGGUGGAAAAGGAUCCGACUUUGCCGACCCGGAACAGUGUUGAGGCGAGUAAUAGUGAUGAUUCCGAUGCGGUGGCUCCUCGGCCCGAGUUGGUGGCGUUUUGUGAGAGAAUGGAUGCAAUUGGGUUGAGGAAGUAUAUGAAUGACACCAAAAGUAACCGGAAUACGAUGCGGUUGGAGCUCAUUGGGGCUUUGCGGCGCGCUCCGGACCCGGCAUUGAUGGUUCUGAAUGCAAUGGAGGGGUUUUACGUGGAGAAUAAAGGGGUUAAGGACGCGGAGGUGAGUGGUGUGAGGAGGACUUGUGUGCUGUUGUUGGAAGUGUUGUGUGGAGUUUCGCCGAAUGUGGGAGUGGAGGUGAGGGAGAAGGCCAAGAAGUUGGCAGUGGAGUGGAAAGGGAAGGUUAAUUUGGAGGUGGAGAACCAGUUCGAGGCGAUGGGGUUCUUGCAUUUGGUGGCGGCUUUUGGAUUGGUGUCUGAAUUCAACAUGGAUGAGCUUGUGGAUCAUAUGGUCGUGGUUGCGAGGUAUAGACAAGCUACUGACUUGUGCCGGACACUUGGCUUGGGGGAUAAGAUUACAGUUCUGAUUCAGAAACUCAUGAGCAAGGGCAAACAUCUUUUGGCUAUCAAGUUCAUUUCUGAAUUUGAUAUGACUGAUAAGUUUCCACCUGUUCCCAUCUUAAAAGCCUACGUGAAGGAGUCUAAAAGGCUGGCUAAGAAAGUUUCUGAGGAAGGAAAUAACUCUAAGAAAGCGGCGAAUGAGGCCAUAGCCAAAGAAACUGGUGCUCUGAAAUCAGUAAUUAAAAUUAUAGAAGAUUUAAAGCUCGAGUCUGAAUAUCCACCGUCUUCUCUUGAAAAGCGAAUUGACCAAUUGGAGAAGAAGAAGGCAAACAGAAAACGCCAGGCAGCAGCUCCUGCUGGGAAGCCUUUCCAACAGCAGCAGCAGCAGCAGUAUGGUAACAAGCGUCCUCGAAUGAUAGCUCCUGUUGGCUCCACAGCAGUCUCAAAUGCCGCAGCAGGUUUGUUGGUACAGUCUCCUACUGCAUAUGUGAGCUCUGCAGCUGCACCCUAUGUCGUGUCAGGCACUGCUCCUCCAGUUGCCCCUUAUGUGGGUUCAUCAACUGGGCAGUAUGGUUAUGCAGGAGGCCAGAUGGGUUUUCCUGGGAACCCAGGCCCUUCUAGUACCCAUUUAUACUCAUCCGAACAGUAUGUGCCCUCGGGCUAUCCCAACAGGCUAACUGCCUAUGGUGGAUAUAGUGUACCCACUCAAUACCAUCCAUCUUACUAUUCUCAGCAGUAACUUGUUACUCUUUGUUUCUGUCAUAGUAUACCUAAUACGGUACUAUGGCUUUUGCAUUUUUUUUUCUAUGGCAAUACUGGUUCCCAGAAAAGCAAAUCUGCUUUUUUGUCCACAGAUUGUAGUACUAGACUGGGGUAAUUAAGAUCUGUG